CAAAUAGAGCUAUUCAAAGUGACAUGGCUAUUUUUAACCCCCAGGAAUUUCCUGGAAGCCGCAAUCUUCUGCCUGUGGGUGGUCGCCGAGGCAUCCGCCAGUUUGGCCAAAUUCGGCAGCACGACGCCAGCGAGUGCGACGCAGUCGGAUGUGGAACUGGAGCCCAUCAACGGGACCCUCAACUACCGGCUGUACGCCAAGAAGGGCGGCAAGGACGACAAGCCCUGGUUCGACGGCCUGGACAGCAGGCACAUCCAGUGCGUCCGGCGCGCCCGCUGCUACGCCACCACGAACGCCACCAACAGCUGCUUCGGCUCCCGGCUGCCCUACGAGCUGAGCAGCCUGGAUCUCACCGACUUCCACAACGACAAGGAGCUCAACGAGAAGCUGAACGACUAUUACGCGCUCAAGCAUGUGCCCAAGUGCUGGGCGGCCAUACAGCCCUUUUUGUGCGCCGUCUUCAAGCCCAAGUGCGAGAAAAUCAACGGGCAGGACAUGGUCUACCUGCCCUCGUUCGAAAUGUGCCGCAUUACCCUGGAACCCUGUCGCAUUUUGUACAACACGACGUUUUUCCCGAAAUUCCUGCGCUGCAACGAAACGCUCUUUCCCGCGAAAUGCACAAACGCAGCGCGAGGCAUGAAAUUCAACGGAACUGGGCAGUGUUUGAGUCCUCUGGUGGCGACGGAGACCUCGGCCAGCUAUUAUCCCGGCAUCGAAGGCUGCGGCGUGAGGUGCAAGGAUCCGCUGUACACGGAUGAUGAGCACAGGCAGAUCCACAAGCUGAUCGGCUGGGCGGGCAGCUUGUGCCUCCUUUCGAAUCUCUUUGUGGUGGCCACUUUCUUCAUCGACUGGAAGAAUGCCAACAAGUAUCCGGCUGUUAUUGUGUUCUACAUAAAUCUGUGCUUCCUAAUUGCUUGCGUGGGAUGGCUGCUGCAAUUCACUUCGGGAUCGCGGGAGGACAUCGUGUGCCGCAAGGAUGGCACUCUGCGCCACUCAGAGCCCACGGCGGGCGAGAAUCUCUCCUGCAUCGUGAUCUUCGUUCUGGUCUACUACUUCCUCACCGCCGGAAUGGUGUGGUUCGUGUUCCUCACCUACGCCUGGCACUGGCGGGCCAUGGGCCACGUGCAGGAUCGCAUCGACAAGAAGGGUUCCUACUUCCACCUGGUGGCCUGGUCGCUGCCCCUGGUCCUCACCAUCACCACGAUGGCGUUCAGCGAGGUGGAUGGCAAUAGCAUUGUGGGCAUCUGCUUCGUGGGCUACAUCAAUCACUCGAUGAGGGCGGGAUUACUUCUUGGGCCGCUCUGCGGUGUGAUCCUCAUCGGUGGCUACUUCAUCACGCGCGGCAUGGUGAUGCUCUUCGGACUGAAGCACUUUGCCAACGACAUAAAGUCCACUUCUGCGAGCAACAAGAUCCAUUUGAUCAUCAUGCGCAUGGGAAUCUGCGCUUUGCUCACCCUAGUUUUCAUCUUGGUGGCCAUUGCCUGUCACGUUACCGAGUUCAGGCAUGCAGAGGAAUGGGCCCAGAGCUUCAGACAGUUUAUAAUCUGUAAAAUUUCCUCUGUUUUCGAAGAGAAGAGCUCGUGUCGCAUCGAAAAUCGUCCCAGCGUUGGCGUUCUGCAGCUGCAUUUGCUGUGUCUCUUUAGCUCCGGCAUCGUCAUGUCCACCUGGUGCUGGACACCAUCCUCCAUUGAGACUUGGAAGCGGUAUAUAAGAAAAAAGUGCGGAAAGGAGGUGGUCGAGGAGGUGAAGAUGCCCAAGCACAAGGUCAUCGCCCAGACGUGGGCCAAGCGCAAGGACUUCGAGGACAAGGGCAGGCUGUCCAUCACGCUGUACAACACCCACACCGAUCCCGUGGGCCUCAACUUCGAUGUGAACGAUCUGAACUCCUCGGAGACCAACGACAUCUCCUCAACGUGGGCGGCCUACCUUCCGCAGUGCGUAAAACGGCGCAUGGCCUUGACGGGAGCGGCGGCCACAGGUAACUCCUCGAGCCAUGGACCGCGAAAGAACUCCCUGGAUUCCGAGAUCAGCGUGAGUGUUCGUCAUGUUUCGGUUGAAUCGCGUAGGAAUUCGGUGGAUUCGCAGGUGUCGGUGAAAAUAGCCGAAAUGAAGACCAAAGUGGCAUCCAGAUCGAGGCGGAAACAUGUUGGCUCCUCCGGCAGCAAGAGAACUCACCGGGCGAGGGAUUACACGGCAUCCGCCACUGGAAGGAGCAGCCGGCGAAGGGAGAGCAGCACUUCGGUGGAGUCGCAGGUGAUUGCGAUGAAGAAAACCACCUAUCCCAAUGCUAGUCACAAAGUGGGCGUGUUUGCCCAGCACAGCUCCAAGAAGCAGCACAACUAUACCAGCUCGAUGAAGCGAAGGACGGCGAAUGCCGGCUUGGAUCCCAACAUCCUCAAACAAUUCCUGCACAACAACGGCGAUUUUAUGUUCCCGUUCCUCCAAAAUCAUGACAUGACUUCUAGUUCAGAGGACCACUCGCAGGCUUCGCUAAAGAUACAGGAUCUCAAUAUGGUUGUGAAGCAGGAGGAGUUCAGCGAGGACGAUCACGAUGGAAUCCAGAUUGAAGAGUUACCAAAUAACAAACAGGUGGCGAAUUUCCUCAAGAACAUGAAGAAAUCUAACGAAUCCAAUGGCAAUCGUCACUCGCGCAACUCCACAAGAAGUCGUCAGUCGAGGAAAUCGCGCAAGAGCCAUCCAAAGACCACAGGACUAGAGUUGCAGGAUUUCAAGAGGGACUAUGCGAGGAAUCGGUCACUUAGCUGCUCCUCCGAGGAACUCGACGUGGCCUUGGACGUGGGCAGCCUGCUGAACAGCUCCUAUUCCGGCAUGUCCAUGGGCAAACCGCAGAGCAGAAACAGCAAAACCAGCUGCGAUGUGGGCAUUCAGGCCAAUCCUUUCGAGCUGGUUCCCAGCUACGGAGACGAGGAGCUGCAGCAAGCCAUGCGACUCCUGAAUGCGGCCAGCAGGCAGAGGAAUGAGGCAGCUAAUGAAGAUGGCGGAGGCACCGAGCUUCAGGCGUUGUUAGGCCACGCUAGGCAUCACAGGGAGCCCUCGUUUAUGAGCGAGUCGGACAAACUCAAAAUGUUGUUGCUGCCCUCAAAAUAG